AUGGCCCAGGUCAUCGUGCGCCUGAGGCCCAAGCAGCUCGCCGUGUCGUCGACGCCCGCGCUCGGCUUCGUCGCGGGCGAGGCGUUCGACAACGUCAUCGGCGGCUGCAUCUUGCUGAACGGCGUGUCGCUCGCGCUGCCCUACUUCGGGCAGCCCGACGGCUACACGCUGGGGACCUACGUGCUGGGCCACUGCUUCUCGUUCAUCUUCUUCGUGGAGAUGGUGCUGAAGCUGCUCGCGUUCGGAAUGGCGUACUUCACGUCGAACUGGAACCGCUUCGACUUCGGGUUGGUGACGAUCACGCUCGUGGGGCUGCCGCUGGAAUUCACGGGGUCCGGCGCGUCGGGCAUCGGCGGCUUCGCGCGCAUGCUCCGGCUGGCGCGCACGGUGCGGCUCGCGCGGCUCAUCAAGCGCCACAAGACGAUGCAGAAGCUGUGCCUGACGUUGGUGGCGACGGUGCCGGGGUUGGCGAACAUCGCGCUGCUCAUGGUGCUCAUGUUCUUCGUCUUCGCGGUGAUCGGCGUGAACCUCUUCAGCAAGGUCGCGUAUUACGGCGCCCACGACGAGCACGUGAACUUCCGGAGCCUGGGCCGCGCGAUGCUGAGCCUGCUGCGGUUCGCGACGGGCGAGAACUGGAACGGGUUCAUGCACGACGUCGCGCGGCGGCCCGCGCACUGCGCGGACGACCCGGAGUACGACGACGACGUCUGCGCCUUCAACGGGGACGCGCCGGGCUGCGUGCCCGUCGACGGCUGCGGGUCGACGCUGAUUUAUCCGUACCUGCUGUCGUUCUCGAUCGUCGUCGCGUUCGUCUUCGUGAACCUGUUCAUCGGCGUCGUGCUCGAGGGCUUCAACAGCGCGGACGCGGACGACGACCUCAUGAUCAGCGACGAGGACUACCAGCGGUUCCGGGACGGCUGGGUGCGCUUCGACACGAACGGCGACGGGAAGAUCUCGCUGGGCCACUUCGAGGCGCUCUUAGCGGACCUGCCGCCGCCCUGGGGCUACAGC